UCAACAAAAAUUCAGCAUCCUCUCUUUUAUCAUCUGCCCCUCUAUCACAAAACCGUAUCACUCGUUGCUCUCUUGCGAUUUUUGUGCUUUCCUAACGUUUUUUCUGCAGCAUCCGAAACCCUAACCCUAAUUUCCCCCCCACCAAGAUCCAACUUUUCUCUGAGAUUCGUUUAAGUAGUAAUAGUAAAGCUAAAUAUGGGAGAAAACAAGGAGAACGAUGCUUAUGAGGAGGAGCUUCUCGACUAUGAAGAAGAUGACGAAAAAAUUUCUGAUUCCGCCACAAAAGUCAACGGCGAGUCGGCCAAAAAGGGUUAUGUUGGGAUUCACAGUUCAGGUUUCAGAGACUUUCUUCUAAAGCCAGAGUUGUUGCGUGCUAUUGUCGAUUCUGGGUUCGAGCAUCCUUCCGAAGUGCAACAUGAGUGCAUUCCACAAGCUAUUCUGGGAAUGGAUGUCAUUUGCCAAGCUAAAUCUGGAAUGGGAAAAACCGCUGUUUUUGUCCUUUCAACUCUGCAACAGAUUGAAUCGGUUGCUGGUCAGGUUGCUUCCCUGGUUCUAUGUCACACUAGGGAAUUAGCUUAUCAGAUCUGUCACGAGUUUGAGAGAUUCAGCACUUAUCUGCCUGAUAUCAAGGUUGCUGUUUUCUAUGGUGGUGUCAACAUCAAGCUCCACAAAGAGCUGCUGAAGAAUGAGUGCCCUCAUAUUGUUGUUGGAACUCCUGGAAGAAUACUUGCAUUGGCAAGAGAUAAGGACCUGUCUUUGAGGAAUGUGAGGCAUUUUAUACUAGAUGAAUGUGACAAGAUGCUUGAAUCACUUGACAUGCGGAGAGACGUGCAGGAAAUCUUCAAGAUGACUCCUCAUGACAAGCAAGUCAUGAUGUUUUCUGCAACUCUCAGCAAGGAGAUUCGCCCGGUUUGCAAGAAAUUCAUGCAAGAUCCAAUGGAAAUUUAUGUUGACGAUGAGGCCAAGUUGACCCUGCAUGGACUUGUACAGCACUACAUCAAAUUGAGUGAAACAGAGAAAAACCGGAAGCUGAAUGACCUAUUGGAUGCUUUGGACUUCAACCAAGUUGUUAUUUUUGUCAAGAGUGUGAGCAGAGCAGCAGAGUUGAACAAGUUACUUGUGGAGUGUAAUUUUCCAUCUAUCUGCAUCCACUCUGGCAUGAGUCAAGAAGAAAGACUGACAUGCUACAAGGGUUUCAAGGAAGGGCACAAGAGAAUUCUAGUGGCAACUGAUUUGGUUGGUAGAGGCAUAGACAUUGAAAGGGUGAACAUUGUUAUUAACUAUGACAUGCCAGAUUCUGCAGAUACUUAUCUUCAUAGAGUGGGAAGAGCUGGUAGAUUUGGAACUAAAGGGCUUGCCAUAACUUUUGUGUCAUCUGCAUCCGAUUCUGAAGUUCUUAAUCAGGUUCAGGAGAGGUUUGAAGUGGAUAUUAAAGAACUUCCUGAGCAGAUCGAUACUUCUACAUAUAUGCCAUCUUAAUGAGAAUGAGGUCUUCCUUGGAAAUGUGCUAGUUGUCUUGCUUGAAGAUAUGAAGUGGCAGUAAGGUUUCCGCUUUGUGUGUCAACAUGGUUCUGAUUAUUGAGCCUGAUUAAUUUGAAGAAUUGUGGAGGCUUGCUCUGCUUUGACACUUCUGGAUUUGCUGUACCAAUAAUGAUUCUAUGCUGUUCCUGCAUUAGCAUGCAAGUGUCUCAAUGUUAUGAUAUUGAGUAUGAAGUGUUGUAGCUAAUACCCAGUUGAAUUAUUCUGCAUUAGUUUCUUGUACUUGUGCUAGCUAAUGUUAUAUAGCCAGACUAGAGCUAUUUUCCUCUUAA